AUGAAGAACAGUAUAUGCAUCAACUUGAGGGAAUGUGAUAAUCUUAUGGAAUUAUAUAAGACCACAUUUCCUCAAAAAUUACCCGUUGCACAAUUUGUGAUUGAUACUUCUUUAACUGUCAAAGAGAAUCUAAACAGAUUAGCGCUAUAUGGAUUACAUCCUACGACUACACCUGUUGUUGCAUUUGCAUACAGAGAUAUAAUACUUGAUAUUGUUGCAAGGUGGAUAAGCUUUCCAAAGGAAUUUGAGGAACAAUAUAGAAGAAACUAUACCGAUGAGGAAUGGAACAAUGUUAUCCCAGGUUCAAUCAUUUUACUCGCUUUAUCCAGAUUAAUAGGUUGUUGCGAUGAGUGUAUCAGUUUAACAGAGUUCUAUGUUACAAAAAUCAACUUUUUUGAAAAGUUAAGAUCAUUGUCGGAAUCGAAAGGAAUCAUAUCACAUAUUGAAUUAGAGCACAUUUUAUUGGCAUUUUAUAGAUUGGUCAACCACAAUCAUCUUACUUUUUCCAAAUAUGUUGAUACACGUGUUCUCUAUGGCAUUCUCGAAAUGAAGGAGAGUACCUAUGGCGUCUCGAAGUAUCUUGCAAUCCAAAUCUUAUCAGUAUAUCUAGGUGCUUCGGAAACUUCCCGGAUAAAGAUGAGUCAAAAUUAUCUAUCCUCAAAAGAUACUUUAGUAUCAUCUUACGAAACGGAUAAGGGUGUUGAUUAUGGGACCUUAGAAGUUCUUGAAGCAAAAAGGUUAUCCAAUUUUACUAAGUUAUUUGACAACAAGAAUACUGCACAAGUUGACUCAAAAUUUAAUAUGAUAAUUGAACCAGAGGACCUCAACCCCAUGGUUAUAUGUGUAUUCGGGAUACUAAUACCUGAUGUGAUUGGAAAGUCACUCCAGCAGACCACAGCCGAUGAUUUCAUCGCUACAGAGAAAGCAGUGACUGCUUUGAGAAAACUUGCAAAAUGUAUUCAACAUAACUCACCAAUUUUAUUGCAUGGAAAGCCUGGAUCGGGCAAGACAUUUUUAAUAAAUCAGUUAGCAAAAUUUAUGUCUUACAAAGACCGUAUCGUGAAGAUUCACUUGGGGGAGCAAACAGAUGCUAAGCUAUUGUUAGGAACCUACGCCUCAGGUGAGAAACCUGGCACCUUUGAGUGGAGAGCAGGCGUUCUUACAACGGCAGCAAAAGAAGGAAAAUGGGUAUUGGUAGAGGAUAUUGAUAGGGCUCCUACGGAAGUAUUGUCUGUUUUGUUGACUCUAUUAGAGAAGAGAGAACUUGUGAUACCUUCCCGCGGGGACACAAUCAGGGCUAAGAAUGGUUUUCAAAUCAUUGCUACUAUCAGAACCUCUUCUGAUUCUGUGCAACAUAUUCCAGACAUGAUAGGUGUGAGGUUAUGGAAGCUUAUAGAGCUCGAAGAGCCAGACGACAGAGACUUGAAGAACAUUCUUACGACAAAGUUUCCAUUACUUUCAAGGCUCAUAGAUCCCUUUAUCAAAUGCUACAAUUCCAUUGUGAAGAUAUACUCCCUGUCCUCAUUUAUAUCCUUAAAUAAGGGAUCGCAUCCUCGUAUAAUAUCUUUCAGAGAUGUAAUUAAGCUUUGUUCUCGCUGCAACCAGAUGCUCGAGAGAGAAGGUGUCACUAUAGAGACUCCGUUGUUUGAAUCAUAUAUAUUUCAGAAUAUUUUUGCAGAGGCUGUGGAUUGCUUUGGAAGCUCUAUUACUGAAUAUAAAGCGUUAGAACCGGUUAUACAAGCAAUCGGUGCAUCAUUAGAGAUACCUCACUCUCAGGUUAAAUACUUCAUGAACCUGCACGUUCCUCAAAUGUUAAAUGAUGGUGACAGGUUUAUAGUUGGUCGGGCAUCCUUACAGAAGUCAAUUUCGGAUAAACUAUUCAACAAAAAAGUGACGGGUAGUAAUACCUCUUUUGCAAAAACAAAGCAUUCACUCAAAUUAAUGGAACAGCUCGGAGUUUCUGUGUUAAUGGCAGAGCCAGUGCUACUUGUCGGUGAAACAGGUACAGGUAAGACAACUGUAGUUCAACAACUUGCAAAAACGAUGAAUAAAAAGCUUACCGUAAUAAACGUAUCUCAACAAACGGAGUCGGGAGAUUUAUUAGGAGGUUACAAGCCUGUUAGUACUAGAACUGCUGCAUUACCUCUUCAGGAAACUUUUGAGACUUUGUUCAUUGCAACAUUUUCGAAAAAGAGAAAUGAGAGGUUCUCUCAAAGUUUAUCUAAAUGCUUUAAUAAGAGCCAGUGGAAGAAUGUUGUCAAGCUAUGGAAGGCAGCUUUAGAAAUGGCAAAAGAUGUUUUAAAAGACAACGUCUCCAAUGUAGAUGACUCUGAGGGUCCUCGAAAGAAGCGUAAGUUGAGAUCAGAAGAAAAAUCCCUCCUUAUGCAAAAGUGGGCAGAAUUUGAGAAGAGUGCAGAUGAUUUCGAGCUUCACUCCUCAUUACUUGAUAACUCGUUUGUCUUCAAUUUUGUAGAAGGGUCGCUCGUAAAAGCUGUCAAAAAUGGUGAUUGGCUUUUGUUGGAUGAAAUCAAUUUGGCAUCUUCUGACACGUUGGAGAGCAUUGCUGACUUAUUGUCGGAUUCGAUUGAUGAAAGAUCGAUUUUACUUAGUGAAAGAGGUGAUAUCGAGUCUAUUAAGUGUCAUCCAGAAUUUAGAAUAUUUGGAUGUAUGAAUCCAUCAACAGAUAUCGGUAAGCGCGAUCUUCCAUCCAGUAUUCGUUCCAGAUUCAGUGAAAUUUACGUUCAUUCUCCAGAUAGAGAUAUACAAGACUUACUCGCAAUUAUUGACCGAUAUAUCCACCGAUUUGCCUUGACAGAUGAAUGGGUUGGUCAAGAUAUUGCAGAGCUAUACAUGGAGGCUAAAGAGUUAGCAAAUUCAAAAAGUAUCGUGGAUGGAGCAAAUCAGACUCCACAUUUCAGUAUUAGAACUUUGACUAGAACCUUGAUCUAUGUGUGCGAUAUAGCUCAGGUGUAUGGUAUCAGGAGAGCAUUAUACGAAGGAUUUUGCAUGUCGUUCUUAACACUCUUGGACUUGAAGUCUGAGCAAAUUCUUCGUCCAGUAAUUGUAAAAUAUACUAUUGGCAAAUUAAAGAAUUCAAAAUCAGUGAUGAACCAAUGUCCACCUGCUCCAAAAUCUAAUACUGAGCAUUACGUUCAGUUUAGACAUUACUGGUUAAAACAAGGUCCUAUUGAAUUAAUACCCCAAGACCAUUACAUUAUUACUCCGUUUGUUGAGAAAAACUUGCUAAAUUUGGUUAGAGCAAUUGCUGGAAGGAGGUUCCCAGUUUUGAUCCAAGGACCAACUUCUGCUGGUAAGACAUCGAUGAUUAACUACUUGGCUAACAUUACUGGUCACAAGUUUGUUCGUAUCAAUAACCAUGAGCAUACAGAUUUACAAGAAUAUCUCGGAACUUAUAUUUCUGAUUCCACAGGUAAGUUAGUUUUUAAGGAGGGUAUAUUAGUAAGGGCCUUGAGGGAAGGACAUUGGAUCGUUCUAGACGAAUUAAACUUGGCCCCGACAGAUGUUUUGGAAGCAUUGAACCGUUUACUUGAUGAUAAUAGAGAAUUAUUCAUUCCCGAAACACAGGAAGUUGUCCAUCCGCAUCCCGACUUUAUGCUAUUUGCAACUCAGAAUCCACCUGGGAUCUAUGGUGGAAGAAAGAUACUUUCAAGAGCUUUCCGUAAUAGAUUUUUAGAGUUACAUUUCGAUGAUAUUCCCCAAGAUGAACUAGAAAUUAUUUUGAGGGAACGAUGCAAGAUUGCACCGUCAUAUGCAAAGAAGAUCGUUGAGGUUUACCACGAAUUGUCAGUCCAAAGACAAUCCACUAGAUUAUUCGAACAAAGAAACUCUUUUGCAACCUUGAGAGAUUUAUUUAGAUGGGCUUUUAGAGAAGCUAUAGGCUACGAAGAGUUAGCGGCAAAUGGAUAUAUGCUACUUGCGGAAAGAGUAAGGAAAGUCAAUGAGAAGGGUAUCGUUAAAGACAUCAUCGAGAAAGUGAUGAGAGUUAAGUUGGAUAUGGAAGCAUACUACGAGAAGUUGGAGGACAAAUCUCUUUUUAACGAAUCAUCAAUAAUUUGGACAAGGGCUAUGCGCCGUCUCGCGGUUCUUGUUUCUACCAGUAUCAAAUAUAAUGAGCCUAUUUUAUUAGUAGGAGAAACUGGAUGUGGUAAAACGACUGUUUGUCAAGUGCUAGCAAAAAGACUUGGAAAAGAUCUUUCAGUGGUUAAUGCGCAUCAAAAUACCGAGACUAGUGAUAUUUUAGGUGCUCAGAGACCAGUGCGUAAUAGAUAUGAGGUACAGGGUAGACUUCUUAACAACUUAAUCAAGGUGUUAAGUGAUGAAGGCAUCGAACUCCCUUUGAAUGAAGUAAGAUUGGACGAAUUGAUAAAACGGUACGAUUCCUUGGAAAAAAUUUCAGAAGCCGACCAAAGUCUUCGUGAUGAAAUAGAUUUUGAUAGGAAGCGUUGCUCCGCAUUGUUUGAAUGGAACGACGGUCCCUUGACGCAAGCUAUGAAGAAAGGAAACUUUUUUCUCCUUGACGAAAUAUCUUUAGCAGAUGAUUCGGUGUUGGAGAGAUUUAAUUCCGUAUUGGAGCCUGAAAGAAGCUUAUUGUUAGCUGAAAAGGGUCUGGAUGAUUCUUUCAUAGUGGCAAAUAAAGGCUUUGAGUUCUUCGCUACAAUGAACCCUGGAGGUGACUAUGGUAAGAAAGAACUUUCUGCUGCAUUGAGGAAUAGGUUCACGGAGAUCUGGGUACCUUCGAUGGAUGAUUUCGACGACGUUAGACAAAUAGUUAGCUCCAAAUUGGAUUCUGAUUCGCCUUCGUUAUGUGAUUCCAUAGUCUCAUUCUCAGAGUGGUUUGGAAAUAGAUUUGGAGGAGGUAAAGCUGAUAGUGGAGUUAUAUCUCUUCGAGACAUCUUGGCUUGGAUCGAUUUCAUUAAUAUUAUGUUAAAUCAUAUGAGUGCAGAGGAAGCUUUUCUCCAAGGAGCUUGUAUGGUGUUUGUCGAUGCUUUAGGAACUAAUAAUACUGCAUUUUUGGCAGAAAAUGAAACACGAUUGAAUGAAAAUAAACGAGAAUGUAUUUCAAGACUUUCAGAAACUAUGGGGAAAGAUUUAUUUCCAUUUUUUGAUCAAAAUGUUGAGGUGCGCCUUGAUGAUGUCAAGCUUACAUGUGGAGCCUUUUCAAUUGCACGUAGAGCUUCUUUAGUAAGUGAAUCUUUCAAUUUAGAGGCACCAACGACUGCUAAGAAUGCAAUGCGAGUCAUUAGAGCUAUGCAAGUCUCUAAGCCUAUCUUGUUGGAAGGCAGUCCUGGUGUAGGAAAGACUAGUUUAAUCUCAGCUUUGGGAAAAUUGAGUGGUAACCCGUUGGUUAGAAUAAAUUUAUCAGAGCAAACUGAUUUGGUUGAUCUUUUUGGAUCAGAUGCACCUUCUGAAGGUGGAAAGACAGGCGAGUUUGUUUGGCGUGAUGCACCAUUUUUGAGGGCAAUGCAAAAGGGAGAAUGGGUUCUAUUAGAUGAAAUGAAUUUAGCUUCUCAGUCAGUUUUAGAAGGACUUAAUGCUUGUUUAGACCACAGAGGACAAGCUUACAUACCAGAGUUAGAUAGGUCCUUCUAUCGGCAUCCUGAAUUUAAAGUAUUCGCGGCCCAGAAUCCACAAUACCAAGGAGGAGGAAGGAAAGGGCUUCCAAAGUCCUUCAUUAACCGUUUCACGGUGGUCUACGUAGAUGUAUUGAAAUCUAAUGAUUUGGACCUAAUUUCUCAACAUUUAUAUCCGAAGAUCAAUGAUGAGGUUCGAACUAAAAUAAUAUCUUUCAUAUCCAAAUUAGAAAGUGAGGUUGUAAUUGAGAGAAAUUGGGGAUCAUCCGGGGGACCCUGGGAGUUCAAUUUACGUGAUACAUUGCGUUGGUUAGAGUUAUUAAAUUCUUCGUUCUGUCAAAGUCCAGUUGAUCCUAGUGAGUUCCUAAGCCUUAUUGCAAGCCAAAGAUUCAGAACUUCAGAUGACAGAAAGAAAGUAAAUGAUUUAUUUGAAUCAGUUUUUGGAAAAAGGAACCCGAAAGAUACCUAUUUUAACCUCGGAAGUGAAUUUGUUCAAGCUGGAAACGCAAUAAUGAAGAGAAAAGUUGUUCAGCAUCACCUAAGUGGGACCAAUAUCUUGCCUUUGCAAUGCAACUAUCAAAUAUUGGAAUCUGCAAUAAGAUGUGUAAAUCAUAAAUUACCCUUGCUUAUUACAGGUCCCUCGAAUUCGGGGAAAACGCAAUUGAUAAGGUACUUAGCAAACGUAGUAGGUGCUCAGGUGGAUGAAUUUGCGAUGAACAAUGACGUGGAUUCGAUGGAUAUUCUUGGUGGAUAUGAACAAGUAGAUCUUUUUAAGGCCGUUGGAGGAUUUAUUUCGAAAGCUCGCGAACAAAUGUCUUAUUGGAUGCUAGAGAAACUAGGAAGUGUUAAUGCUGCUGACAUAGAGCCACUCGCCACUGUCUUAGAGGUGUUUACGUUUAUUGACUCACACGAAAUUAACUUAUCAAAUUUCAAAGAAUUUCAGGACUUCAUAGAAUCGCGUCUUUAUCAGAUUUCAGAGUUUAAAGGAUUACUCGAAUCUAGUGCUUUUAUAGGCAAAAAGCUUCAAAAACAAAGUAGUGUUCGCUUCGAAUGGUUUGACGGUCUUCUUGUCCAAGCGGUUGAAAAAGGUAAUUGGUUGAUUUUGGACAACGCUAAUUUAUGUAACCCAUCAGUUCUUGAUAGAUUGAAUUCCUUAUUGGAGACUGAUGGCGUUCUCACUAUUAAUGAAUGCAGUUCUGAAGAUGGUCUGCCUAGAGUGAUUAAGCCUCAUCCCAAUUUCAGAUUAUUCUUGACUGCGGACCCUAAAUAUGGCGAGCUUUCAAGAGCAAUGCGUAACAGAGCCGUUGAAAUAUAUAUCGACAAAACUGAUGAAAGAGCAACCUUUUGGGACCAUAAACUUCUCGGUCUUUAUGGAAAUGGUGCGAACAGCUGUGAGAAGCCAAUGACAGCAUUUAUUGCACUGAAUAACUCACUUGUGAGACAAUUUGCUGUUUUCAACGACUCAAUUGAGCAAUAUAGAUACAAAAACGUUAAGAAUAUGGAGAAGCUUACUAGCGCCCUUUUGAGUAUCUCUUCAUUUGUUACGUUAAGAGAACUCGAGAACUGGAAUGAUGUGUUCACUUCAUCAAAUGAAUUUGAUGAUAAGUCAAAAUAUUGUUUCUCCAGUAUUUCGAGCAAGCUCCAAUUAAUGAUCAAAUUAGAUAUUCUCUCGUAUUUUGUUCAGAUUUACGACGAGCUUUCGCUUGAAAAGGUUUGCACUGGCUACGACCAGUUCCAAUCUAUCCAUCCUCUUAUUAAUCCGUUGGCUAUUACUUUGAUUCUGGAUGGCUCACCUUUAAAAUCUUCUGAGCCAACUUACGCUAUUGAGAAUCUCGAAAGAAUUCAAAAUACAUCGAAUAAAAUUUUGCGUUUGGAAGAAAGGGCUGUUACUGGGAAACUUAAUGAAUUGUCAUACACAGAGAGAUCAGCGGCCGUUAAUUUAGGAAGGAACAUUAAGAGACCUCCCAGGUUUGACGUGUACAAACUAAUCAAAUGUGCCAGUGAAUUCGUUGUUAAAUUUUUCGAACAGUAUUUUCAUGAACAACCUUUCAAAAGACAUGGUAUCUUUAAGUCAUUACAUGAUUUACAGAUACUUUUGGUAUGCUUAUUGAAAACAUCAAAUAGUAGUAGUGAACCUAAGAUUAGAGUAUUUAAAGAUCUAAUGACUGAUUGGGCAGAGCACCAAGUCCAGGGUAAAUUAACUACAUCUUAUUUAGCUGAUCUUGAAUCCUUUGGGAAAGAAUUAUUAUUAUCCACUGGAAAUUCGAUGGGUAUUAUAUGGGAAACUUUCAGAUCUCAAUACCCACAGUCUCAAAGAUCAUGGGAUAACUGUAUCAUGUUGAUAAACUUGGCAGGAGAGCUUGAUAAGGUCGUGAGUUUGCAAUUUCACGAGGUAAGUAAUGAAAUUCUUGACUUGAGAAACUUGAUCUGUCAAUACUACAAUGGCAUCAUAUCUGGUGAAGUUACAACCCAGGAAUUCAAUACAUUCUUCAAUAGUUUGAGUGAUGGUAUAGAUAGACUAAAGAGAAUAUCAGGAUCGUUUCUAUGUGUUCGCCAAAAUAUUCUCAAGAAAGAAUUUGCUUUGCUCUGUAAUUUUAUGGAGACAUCGAUGAUUUCUAAGUUUGAGCUAGACUCAGAAAAAUUAUCUAAAUUAGCAGUUUUAACAGACAGGCACACCAUGAGCUUAACAAGGCUAAAAAAUAAGAAAAUAUUCGCUCCUUACCCAACAAUCCUUGAUAAUUUAUGGGAACAUCUGGUAGACAAUUAUGAAUCAUCAGUCUCUGGGCUUUUUUCAACGGAAUUAAUUUCCUCUACUAUCCAGAAAUUACAUUUAAUACCGAGCGGACCAGGAAAAUAUUUACAACAGAAUAUAGAUGAUCUUGAUCUUUUAGCCAAGUACCUGAUUAGUGAUUCUAAAGCUGUUUUGAACGACCAGAAGGUCAUAUUUACUAAUUUAUUAGUAAACUGGUUUCUUGAGUUGCUUUCAGCUCAUCGUUCUACGUUUCCGGACAGCUUUCAAGAAGAAAUUAGCAACUUAUCAACAAUACGUGUGGAAGAUCUCAAAGUAUCUCCUGAGCAUCUUUUGAAACUAAUUCAAAGCUCCGAAAAUGACCAAUUUAUAAAAGUUUGCGAAGAGUUUAUGAUCCCAGCUUUACAUCUUGCAUUGAAGGGAAACUCAAUCCGUGCAUUAGGAAAGGCAUGGGUCAUAUUCUCAUGCGGGGCCAUUCAGUUAUUUGUUCCGAGCUCAGCAUUUGAUCCUGCGAUCAAGGAACAUGUGGUUUAUGAAGUAUUUUCAAAGCAGCAGGAGUCGUCAAGAGAACUUGUUGAAGCAUGGAAAUCCGUCAGAGUCGUAGACAGAGGUGAUAAUAAUAUUUUACUUGAAAACUUUUUACCAUCCUUGAAUGAUUCAGAGAAACCUCUGAAACCAAGAGUAUUUAGAGGAGAUGCACCUGUCGAACCACUUUUCGAAGAAUGGAACGCUUUCAUGGAAUCUUCAGUUGAUGUCCGCCCCAUCAGAUCUUUAUUAGAUUCUGCUGAAAACCUUAAUCAAUCUAGUUUCAAGAUCGUAGAAACAUUUCAAAGAAAUUCGAUGCAGUUCCUUCAUAGGUUGUCUGCAAACUAUAUUUUGUUUUCGGAUCUAAAUGACAUAUUGAAGGGCUACGUUCUCGGCCUAAAGCUUGGUUUGGAGUUGGUCACUAUGACUGAUCCAGAUUUAGGUCGUGGAACAUUUACAGCCUUGGCACCCACUGAUGCAGUUGCUAUGACAAGUGAAUCAUUUAUAUCAGAAGGGUUCGAUGAAGUUAGGGAAUUGGUCAAGCUGUUAGACUUGGACUCUACUGUACCCGAGCUUGUGAUGAUAUACUAUAUCCAGUUGUAUUUCGGCCACACUAGCGAGAGUCGAGUGAAAUUGGACUCUGUUUUGAAGCAAGCUUUCCAGUUGCUCUACUACAGGUGGACUUUACGUAAGUUGAAAGCUGACGAAGCUCUUACUCAGAGCAACCUGCUUUACAAAUAUACCGAAAAAUCAGCGGAAGAAGAUUUCAGAUCAUUAUUCCCGGAUUAUGAGGACGUCAUGGGAAUCAGCAUAGAAUCAAAGUCUAAAGAUUCUAAUUUUGAAGAUGUCUAUCAAAGAAUCGCUAGAAUAUACAUUGAUGCUUUCUUAUUUGAUAAAGCUACUAAAAUUGAAAGCUUAGUUCAGGAAGGAUCUGAUUUAUCUGUUUUAAUCGCACCCUAUGUUGGAAAGGGUCCUUCUGAGACUAUCAAGUCGUCUUACUUCGCUGCAUUGAUUAUGAAGUUUGGUUCAACGAAGGAGGAAUUCUCUACGAAUGCAACCAAGUUAAACUUUUACUAUGAUAACUCCACUGUUGAGUCAAAGAAUGCCAUAUCAAUAGUUAGCUCACUUUACGAACGAACAUGUGCCUUACUUGACGAAUGGCCGGAACAUUCUACCCUUCAAAACAUAGCAAAGUCAGCAGAUGAGUAUUUAAUGCUACCGGCGAAUACUCCCAUUGCCAGAUUAUUACAGAAGAUUGAACAAAUUUACACGUUUAUUGCAGAAUGGGAAAAGUAUGCAUCUAAAAGCGUUUCUCUUAAGUCUUACUUUGACAGAUUGACACAUUUAAUUGUGUCUUGGAGAAAAUUAGAAUUAUCAACUUGGCGAGCUCUCUUUGAAUAUGAAGAUGCAGCUGUAGAGAAAGACAUUGGAAAAUGGUGGUUCCAUUUGUUUGAAACGAUUAUAAUUCCAGAAUUGUCCGAAACCGAAGAGUACGAGAAAGAUACCAUCAAGCUAAUAUCUGCAUUGAAUCUAUUCAUGAGCGAUGCAAAGUUUGGGGAAUUUGAACAUCGCUUAAAUUUACUCAAGGCAUUUGGAAAUCAUGUUUUUAUGAUUUCAUCGAAUAACACUACAAGUGAUUCUCUUGCCAAUGUUGUAACCUUUUAUAGCCAAUUUCUUCCUCUUGUGAAGGAAAAUAUUGUGAAAGUUAAAAAGGGACUAGAAAAAGACGUUUCCGAGGUUAUCUUACUAGCUAGCUGGAAAGAUGUUAACAUUGAUGCUCUUAAGCAAAGCUCUAGAAGGUCUCAUAAUAAUCUUUACAAAAUUGUUAGGAAGUAUAGAUCGCUUUUGGCUUCUCCAGUGGGCCCACUAAUCGAGCAAGGAAUCUCACCUGAUGUGAAGUGUUCUGAUUCCUUGACCCCAUUACCUUCAUUACCUAGAAUCAACUUGGAUGAAAGGAUCUCAGAUAUUUGUCAAAGAAUAGACACAUGGUCAUCUAGACCUAAGAGACUCCAAAACAUUACUAUCGUUGAGAAAAAUAUGGAAAAUUACAUUAAUCAACUUGUUGCAGAGAAAAACCCUGACCUAUAUGGGUUUGCAAAGGAUUUACUCUUUGACAUGGAACGUCUUCGAGAUGAAACACCCAAGGAGCUUACGAAGGAAAACAAGAGGCAAGUAUCUGCCCUCAAGACUCAAAAAUUGAAAUUGAUCAGCAAUACCUUAAAAGAGCUUCGUCGUAUGGGUCUCAAAACUAAUAUUAACCCCAAGAUUCAUAAAGUUCAAACGACGGUAAAUCUUAUAUUAAGCAAUAGCAAGUCUUUUGAUGGCACUUCCCUCAAGGGUUGCGAUCUGUACUACUUUAGACUCUUAGAUUUACUUCCGAGAUUGAGAGCUUCAGUAAACAAGGUUGCAGAAGAUGCUCCGCAAGGAGAUGCCGAGAAGGGACUUGCUGCAGUAGAAAAUGUUCUUUUCUCGUUGAUUACAACUCGUGGAAAGCUAUUUGAGCUAUCUAACGGUGUUGAAAAAUUACUGAUGCUAUUUAACACUUUUCUGGAAGUCUCAGAUUUAAGUAACUCCCUGGCUAAGUUAAACGCCUGCUCUAAGAUUGAAUCUGCUAAAAUAAAUAUGAAGCAUAUCGAAAGUGCUAUAUUUUGGUUACCACAACUAUUUGAUUAUACACUCAGAAUUUUUGAUUCGCUCAGCAAUUUUGGAAUUUCCGCAAACUUAGAGUCGUUUGAUAGCAUGAGGCGAAAGUUGAACGAACUUGAUUUGAAAGGCAAGAAGCUCUUCUUUAAGCCCUAUUCUCAAGAAGCUGUCGAAUAUAUUAAGGAAUUCAGAUUUUAUGUUGAUGAAGUAACCUCUACUUUAACAGAAUGGAGGGAACAAAACCAGUCACUUGCAUUUGUAGCUAACAUCAUUCUUGGAUGGUUAACGAAUGCUGUUAGAAAUGAUUCGCCAGAGUCUAUAGCAAUGAAACAGGAAUGUGAUUUUGAGGCAGUCAAAAGUGCUGAGAAAUCAUUGAGGCAAAUAUCAAACUUGACGAUCUUAGCAGUUCAAAGAGUGACUGAAAUUAGAAGUGAAUCAAUAAGUGAGGAGGAUGAUAAUUGGCUAGUUUCGUCACAACAGAGGCUUUUCAGUAUGAUAAAAAUUUGCAACUAUCGCCAAAUUACCGGACUGUUAGAGAAGUUCUUUGAAAUUAUAUUUAAUAUUGAACAUGAUAACGAAACAUCCGAAUUGACAACAGCCAUGGCAGCAUUUACUUUACCACUCUUGCAACACUACCUUAAACUUGUUCGUGUCAUAUUUGAAAGGGCCCGCGAAAACUACGCAAAAACGUCAAGGGCCACCUAUAUUUUGUCAAAUGUAUUAUAUACCUUGGCUUCAAAGGGUCUUUGUUCUCCAGAAAAACCUUCUGAAUCGAAAGAAGACAACAAUUUACAAGAAGGCGAGGGUCUAGGUGACGGCGAAGGUGCUACAAAUAAAUCUAACGAUAUGGAUGAAGACAUCUCUGAUGAUGAUUUAGAGCAUAAUAAUGAAAACCAGGAUGAUUCUAAAGAUGAUGACGAAAAGGAGGCUGCCGAUGCAUCAGGUCAAGUAAAUGGCGACUUAGAAGAUGCAUCUGACCAAGAAGAGAAUGAUGAAGAUAAAGAGAAUGACGAAGAUGAAGAGUUGGAUGAAGAAGUAGAUGAUAUCGACGAUUUAGAUCCUAAUGCUAUAGAUGAAAAGAUGUGGGAUGAAGAAGCACAAGAUGAUAGUAAAGAAAAAGAAACUGACCAAAAGAUGGAUCAAAUGAACAAGGAUGAAGAAAUGGAAGCAAAUGAGGACACGGAACAAAAUAGUGAUCAAGCAAAUAAAGAGGAACAAAAAGAUGAAAACGCUAUUGAAAAAGAUGACGUACCGGAUCAGGAAGAGGAAGAUAAAGAUGCAGACGAACAAGACGUAGGAGAACAAGAUGAUGAAGUUAGAGCAGAAGAAAAUGAACAACUUGAAGAGAAUGUUGAGCAAUCUGAGGCCCUUAACUUGCCAGAGGAUAUGAAUCUUGACGAAGAUGAUGACGGUGAAGACGAUGCAGAUGGGUCGGAAGAUGGAAAAGACGACCUAAACGAUGAAUUAGACGCCGAAGAAGUGAUAGAAGAAGAAGAAGAGUCUUUGGACAACAAAGAACAAGACAAUUUCGAGGAUAAAGUUGAGAAUGACCUGGAAGGAGGCGAUUCUCCAGAUGAAUCUAAUGAAGAGGAAAUUGAUCACGAUGAUUUGAAGGAUGAAGCUCCAAGUGACGCUGAAAAUGAAAAAGGCGACGAAGCUUCGAAUGAUGAAGAUAUAUCAGUAGAUGGUGAUGAUAUAAAUGAGAAUGAGAAAACUGAAGAUAACCCAGAAAAUGGAAAUGAGGAGUCCCUUGAAGGUGCCGAAGGAGGAUUAGAGGAGGCUGCUAAUGAUGAUAUAGACAUGGAAUCUGCUGUCAAGCAAGAAAGCGGAAGUAGAAGCGAAGGUGCUGAUAGUGAGGUUGCAGAUGAAAAAGAUGAUAUAGGUGCUUCUGGGAGUGCUUCAACAGAAGUUCAGCAAGACGAAUCUAAUUCAGAAAGUAAAAAUGAUGCUCGUGAUCUCGCCAAAGAAUCUUUGAAACAGUUAGGUGACUCUUUAAAAGAGUUCCAUAAACGACAUCAAGAAAUUAAAGAAGCGCGUAUUGAAGAUGAAGAAACCAUAGAUGAAUCAGCUAAUACCAGACCGGAUGAAUUUCAGCACGUUGAAGGAGAGAAUUCAAAUUUUGACACUCAAGCUAUGGGUGCAGCGGAUAAAGAGCAAACGCAAGCUUUAGAUGAUGAUAAGGCAAUCGAAGAUGAUCUAGAGGAGGCACCAGAUAUGAAAGAUGCGCCAGAAGAUAAAGAGGACGAUAUGGAUGUCGAUGAGAUGAAUGAAUCUAAAGAUAAUGAUCUUGAUGCUGAUUUAGAUAAGAAUCCCCAAAUGGAAUCUUCUGAAAAGGCGGCAGGGGAGGUAAAAAAUGAAGUCGAAGAAGCAAGCGAGACGUUAAAAAAUGAAUUUGAAGAUGAGCUAGAAGAUGAGUUUCUUGAUAACGAGAUUGGUUUGGAUUCUCUCAAAGUCAAUGAAACGUCGGAUGUCCCUCCGCUUGACAUUGAGACAGCGAGGGAGAUUUGGAAGGAAAGUGAAAUGGCAACGCAAGAACUUGCAUCGGGAUUAUGUGAACAAUUAAGGUUGAUCUUGGAGCCUACUGUUGCUACUAAAUUAAGAGGAGACUUCAAGACUGGUAAGAGAUUAAACAUGAAGAGAAUUAUUCCAUAUAUCGCUUCAGAUUUUCGAAAGGAUAAGAUCUGGUUAAGAAGAACUAAACCAUCGAAAAGACAGUACCAAGUUAUGAUAGCAGUGGAUGAUUCCAAAUCCAUGAGUGAGAGCAAGUCAACAGAGUUAGCUUUUCAUAGCAUAGCUCUCGUUGCCAAAGCAUUAACUCAAUUGGAAAGUGGGGGACUUUCGAUUGUUAGAUUCGGUGAAGAUGUUAAACUUAUUCAUCCUUUCGAUAAGCCGUUCAAUAACCAAGAAACUGGCGCUAGAGUAUUUCAAUGGUUUGAUUUCCAGCAAGCUCGUACAGACGUGAAGGAACUUUGUGCCAAAUCUCUUAGAAUUUUUGAAGAUGCAAGAGCCACCACAAACUCAGACUUAUGGCAAUUGCAGAUCAUUAUAUCCGAUGGUGUUUGUGAAAACCAUGAAACCAUUCAAAGAUUGGUGAGAAAAGCUAGAGAAGAGAAAAUAAUGUUAGUAUUUGUCGUCAUUGAUGGUAUUAACUCCAAUGAGUCUAUAAUGGACAUGAGUCAAGUUUCAUAUAUUACUGAUGAAGAUACUGGAUCAAUGAAAUUAAAAGUUGACAAAUACUUGGAUAGCUUUCCGUUUGAGUUUUACGUGAUUGUGAAGAACAUUAACGAACUUCCUGAAAUGUUAUCGUUAAUAUUAAGACAAUAUUUUUCAGAAAUGGCAUCAGCAUAA